GGCACCACCACGAAGCAACAUCAAAACAGAUCUUUUGCGGGUCCCUGCCAACUUUAUCUCCCUUUUACCUGUCUCGAGCCUGUUCUAUUCUGGUUGAUUCAGUGCAUCCCUAAAUAGUAUACGAGUCCACCACGAGAAGUGGGAUUCAUCAUCAUUUGCUGGAAGCUCCCGAUGUACCGGUAGAUCUGGUUCACCAGUUUCAUCAUCUAUCAAGAAUCUAUCAAGAGAAGGAAGAUACAGUUGGUAACAAGUGAGAUGAGAUUCCUAGGUACUUACAUCAAUGCAUGCAUACUUCAACUGCAAGUUAGCCUGAUGUGGAGAGCUUCUUUGAGAUCAGACCUUGAUAUCAGUAGCACAAUUCACUCCACCACAAUUUGCUCGUUUGUUGCGCCAUCUUCCUGGUAACUUUUACAUCAUUCAACGCGUUUGCUAGCCAAUCAGCUAGCCUUUCCACCCAUUAUGAGACAAUUACACCAAGCUACAAUAGAAUGUCGACCUUUCGGUGGAUGGCAAGUUGUGGAGGCUGACGACAUCGUUCAUAUCGAAAUCUACCCCUCCAUUACCUUGAUUUAGCUUGUCAAACACUGGUCAAAGAAGCUUUUCGACCAAGGUACAAUGAUACAAAUACUUCGCUAUGGCCGCAUCACUUUGGAUGUUCUUUCCCUAUACCAUCUACUACUUGCUUAAGAUACCCCUUAGUUCACAAACUUAAUCAUCGCACUUUUACGUACAUCAACAAUCACUUAAACACACACAUACCUCACACUACAAUCUUCAAAUCGCAAUCAUGGACAAGAUCAAGGCACUCCUUCACGGCACUACUCCAGAACACGAGAAGGAAGUUAAGGAAGAGAAGAAGGCUGAGAAAAUUGAGCAGAAAGAGGAGAAGAAGGCUGAAAAGCAUGGAGCUGCUCACUCGAACGCUGGCGAAGGAAGCCAUCUCGCAAAGGGCCCUCACUCUGAAACCCACCCACCCGCAGUCACCGAUGCCAGUCAUGCAUCUCAUACCACCCACGCAAAUCCUACACCAGCAGGUGUGAGCCACACAUCAGGAGGACUUGCUCAAGACAACGUUCCCCACAGACCUAGAGAUUCUGAAUUUGGUUCAGCCACCACUGGACCAAAUACACAUGCUCAUGGCAUCGAUUCUGCAGCUCGCACAAAUGAGGCUGGGCUUACAGGACACAAUACCACAGAUCCUCUCCGAUCACACAAUGCUGGUGUGCCAUCAAACACUGCUUCUGGCUUGGGUGGUGUUACUACCAUACCUUCAGGAAAUGGGUUAGAUACUCAUGGUAGAGAUAACAUUGACCGUCACGGAAAUUCCCACAUUGGCAGAGAUGUAGCCCUUGGAAGUGGAGCCGUUGGUGCUGCAGGGCUAGCUGAACAUGAACACCGAAAGCAUGAAAACACCAGUCUUGGAUCCCAUCCAACUCAUGGACAUACUGAGGGUUCUCACGGAACACAUAACUCCGCUGCAUUGAAUGCCGCUGACCCAAGAGUCGACUCAGAUUUGGAUGGAAAUCGUCUUCCAAACGAGACCUCAUCUGGUUACGGUACGAAGGACGCGUACGGUACAACCACAACUGGCUCCUCAGGACAUCACUUAGGUCGUGACGCUGCCGCGAUUGGCACCGCAGGAGCUGUUGGAGAGGGCAUUCAUCAUCAUAACAACCAACAUAGCCAAGGUGGUAUUCGAGGAACUACUGGACCUCAUACUACGGCGACUGCAAAUCUUCUAGACCCUCAUUUGAGUGGUUCCAGUGUUCCCACCGAAGAUGCUCACACUCAUCAUGGACAUGGCCCCCAAUCUAAAAUUCGAGUUGAAGGUGGUGGCGCUGAAGAGGCCGACGGUGUUCAUGGUAGCAAGGGUACUUCUGCUGCUGCUGGCGUAAUCCCUAUUGGAGCCUACGAAGCUGGCCAUGGACAUAACACCACUGCCGGUCCACACACGUCUAACGUAGCCAACAAAGCAGACCCACGAGUGGAUAGCGAUCUCUCGAAGCAACAAACCCACCAUUAUAGGCGUGACGCUGCCGUAGCUGGAGCUGUCGGUGGAGCUGCAUAUGAAGCCAACAAGCAUCAUCAUAACUCCGCUAACACUACUGCUGGUCCUCACUCCUCAAAUCUCGAGAAUAAGGUUGAUCCAAGAGUUGAUAGCGAUCGCUCAAGAGAGCAGCAUCACUAUGGACGGGAUGCUGCUCUUGCUGGCGGAGCCGGAACUGCUGCAUACGAGACUGACAAACAUCACCACAACACAGCAAACACUACUGCUGGUCCCCAUUCCUCAAACCUUGAGAACAAGGUGGAUCCAAGGGUCGAUAGUGAUCGCUCUAAGGAAGGGCAUCACUACGGUAGAGACGCUGCCCUUGCAGGAGGUGCUGCGGGAACAGCCUACGAAGUCAACAAGCAUCACAACACUCACGGUCUUGACCAAAAGCCUGUGGGUCAAGAUCUUGGAGAUAAACUUCACGGCGCUGAGAGGAACCGUGGUAUCAGCGGACCUACCGGAUUUCCCCAUGAAAGUGGACAUUCGGUAUCAGCUGGUCCGGUAGGAACCGGUGUUCCAGGAGCCCCUCGCGGAAAUGUCCAGGUUUCUGACAACACCCACGGCCAUAAUCCAAAUGUCGAGCACCCAGUUCAUAACUCUACUGGCCCUGAUCAUAUCUUCACUGCUCCAGUCAUGGACGAUCCUGCGGCCAAUGCUGCCCUUCGAGAGGGUAAGAUUGACCAACAUGAACAUCGUCCUGGAGAUGAAGGAGUUCGGGGAGUUGGACGUGAUCACGGUGAAGAUCACAGCUUCUCUACAGGUGGCGGACAUGAGCACAGCAAGAACAGAGGAUUAGAGAAUGAGACUCACUCUUCUCCAUUGGGUAACACUUCAGGGUCUGGUUUGAGCCACGGCUCUGGACUCACUGGGCACAACACUACAUCUACCGGCAGCACAGGUUUGAGCCAUGGCUCUGGACUCACCGGUCAUGAUACCACUUCUACUGGCACCACAGGUUUGAGCCAUGGCUCUGGGCUCACCGGGCACAACACCACUUCUACCGGCACCACAGGUUUGAGCCAUGGCUCUGGGCUCACCGGGCACAACACCACUUCUACCGGCACUACAGGUUUGAGCCAUGGCUCUGGGCUCACCGGGCACAACACCACUUCUACCGGCACUACAGGUUUGAGCCAUGGCUCCGGUCUUCACGGAUCCGGCUUGACUGGUUACAGCACCGGUUCUUCGGGUAACAAUGUUACUGGUUUGAAGCAUGACGUUGGUUUGACUAGUAACAACAACACUUCCACCGGUACUACAGGCCUAAGCCAUGGUUCAGGCCUCACUGGACACAACACCACUUCCACCGGUACUACAGGCCUAAGCCAUGGUUCAGGCUUGACCGGACCAACUGGUACCCAUGGCCUCUCGGGCGAAAAAAGAUUGGGAGAGACUUCUGAGUUUGGAAACACCACCAAUAACCGAGUUUUGUAA